AUGACUAAUGACGACGGGCCUACGGACGAAUAUAUGACUUACGAACCAGUAAACGCAUCAAAGAGUGGUAAUAAAACUGGCAAGGAGAAAAGAAAUGUGUCUAUAGUGAAUGAUGAUAUUGUUAUGGAUCGAAGCUAUACUUCUAAGGGCAAUAAUGUAAAGACCAAC